UACAUUUACACACACAAAUUGAUACCGGACAUCUACCUCUAUAAUAUCCAAGAAACAUGCAACAAACUUCAUAUCAAUUUCCAUUUCUUACACUAGAUAUGAUAUGAUGUGUAUAUAAAUGCCACAUGAAGAAGUAGUAUCAGACGCACUACCAACCAUACACUAAGCAACCUCUACUUCCUUGUUUUAAUCCCCUGCUGUUUCCAUAACCAUCAUGGAAUCCACUUCCCAAACUAGUCAACUGAUCCUUCCCUCUUCUUCCUCUUCACUUCCACGCAAGCACUACGAUGUCUUUUUGAGCUUUAGAGGUGAAGACACACGAAAAUCCUUUACGGAUCAUCUCUUUGCGGCACUAUGUCGGGCAGGAAUUCACACUUUCAGAGAUGCAGAAGAGCUCCGCAAAGGAGAGGACAUCUCCACUGACAUCUUUAGUGCUAUUCAAGAAUCGAUGGUUUCUAUCAUUGUGUUCUCCAAAACUUAUGCUUCCUCCCACUGGUGUCUUGAGGAGGUUGUGAAGAUAGUGGAAUGUAAAGAAAAAGCAAAUCAGGUGGUUCUUCCAGUGUUCUAUGAUGUGGAUCCUUCUGAGGUCCGUAAUCAAACAGGUGGGUUUGGUGUUGCAUUGGCUCUACAUCAACAACUAUUCGGUACAGAAAAAGUUUGCCAAUGGAAAACAACAUUAACUAAGGUUGCAAAUUUUUCUGGAUGGGACUUGCGCAACAUUGCUGACGGGUAUGAAUCAAAAUUUAUUGACAAUAUUGUAGAAAAGGUUCUACAAGUAGUGAACCAUACAUACUUUGAUGUUGCAAAAUAUCCAAUUGGAAUUCAUGCUCGUGUUAAAGAAGUACUUUCCUUUUUAAAAAGUGAAGUAGAUGGUGAUGUUUGUAUGAUUGGGAUUUAUGGCAUGGGUGGGGUAGGAAAAACAACCGUAGCAAAAGCGGUGUUUAACCAAAUUUAUAGAUCAUUCGAUGGUAGUUGCUUUCUUGGAGAUGUUAGACAAAAAUGUCUAGAUGGGGGCCGUGCAGCUUUAAAAUGUUUACAAGAACAGCUUCUUUGUGACACUCUCAAUCGAAAGACAUUGGAAGUUCAUAAUGUUGAUCGAGGAAUUAGUUUGAUCAAAGAAAGACUUGGACUGAAAAAGGUUCUCAUUGUUGUUGAUGAUGUAGAGGAUAAGAGUCAAUUAGACGCAUUGGUUGGAGAACGAGAUUGGUUUAGUCCAGGUAGUAGAAUUAUCAUUACAACAAGAAAUGUUAAUUUGUUAAAUGGCCUUAGAGGAGAAUGUGAGAAGUAUAAUGUUGAAGUCUUAAGCUCGGAGGAAUCUUUGCAACUCUUUAGUUGGCACGCUUUUAAGAAGCCAAGUCCUUUGGAGGCUUUUAUAGAACUAUCAAACAUGAUUGUAAGGUAUCUUGGUGGACUUCCAUUGGCACUUACCACCCUAGGCUCACAUUUUGGAGCAAGAUCUUCAAUUCAAGAAUGGAUUGAUGACUUUGAGAAGUUAAAAAGGAUUCCUCAUGGACCUCAUACAAAUAUUUUGGAGACUCUCAAAAUUAGUUAUGAUCCACUUGAUGAUGAUACUCAAAGAAUCUUCCUUGAUAUUGCUUGCUUUUUCACCUGUCAAUAUUUCUCAGAAGGAGAUAUUGUUAAGAUAUUGAAUGGUUGUGGUUUUCAUGCUCAAAGUGGAAUUAGAACUUUAAUUGAUAGAUGCUUGUUAGAAGAAAGUCUUAGAAUGCAUGAUUUAGUUCAAGAUAUGGGAAGAGAAAUUGUCCGCAAGGAAUCUCCUAUGCAACCUGAAAAAAGAAGUAGAUUAUUUUUGUAUAAUGAAGUUCCGGAUGUUCUCACAAACAACAAGGGCACUGACGCAAUUGAAACAAUGAUCAUACGUUUGUCAGACAAAGUGCAUUUGAGUACCAAGGUAUUCUCAAAAAUGACCAAGUUAAGAGCACUCAUAAUCAACUCUGGGAAUGCCAAGGGAUCUUUAAAAUACUUGUCCAACGAGCUUAGAUAUCUUUAUUGGGAUGGUUGCCCGUUGAGUCGUAUAUCAUCCGAUCUUUGCUUGGAAAAUCUUGUUAUCUUAGAAAUACAAUUGAGCAAUAUUAAAGAAUUCCAACCCAAAUUGCAGUAUUUUAGAUGCUUGCAGAUUUUAAGGUUGAAAUUUUGCUGGCAACUUAAAAGAGCCCCAAACUUUGUUGGAGCACAUAGUCUAAAGGAGUUAUCCCUUGAAAGUUGUUCAAAGUUGUUUAAAUUGCCUCAAUCAAUUGGAGAUUUAAAAAAUCUCAUUUGCUUAGAUUUGAGGAAUUGCAAGAAUCUCAAUGGACUUCCUAGUAGCAUUUGCAACUUAACGUCUCUUAAGCAUCUUGAUCUAGAAGGAUGUUCUAAGAUGAAAGAAUUGCCGCAAUCAAUUGGAGAUUUAGAAAACCUUGUCAAGUUAAAAAUGGAAGGCUGCAAGAAUCUCAGAGCGCUUCCUAGUAGCAUACGCAACUUGAUGUCUCUUAAUCAUCUUGAUCUGAAAGGUUGUUCUAAGAUGAAAGGAUUGACGCAAUCAAUUGGAGAUUUAGAAAAUCUUGUCGAGUUAAAAAUGGAAGGUUGCAACAAUCUCAUAGGGCUUCCUAAUAGCAUACGCAAUUUGAUGUCUCUAAAGCAUCUUGAUCUGAAAGAUUGUUCUAAGAUGAAAGAAUUGCCGCAAUCAAUUGGAGAUUUAGAAAAUCUUGUCGAGUUAGAUUUGAGUAAUUGCGAGGAUCUCAAUGCGCUUCCUAGUAGCAUUUGCAACUUGAAGUCUCUUGAGUGGUUCAGUUUGGCAUGUUGCUCCAAGAUAAAAGAAUUGCCUAUUGAUUUGGGAAAAUUGAAGUGGCUAAAAUACCUUAAUGCAAGUAAGACGUCCGUGACACAUGUACCCACUUCUUGUGGAUCUUUGAGACAUCUCAACUAUCUGAUACUAGGGCCGCAACCUUCUCGUGGGAGGUAUUAUGAUGAGGAAUGUAUUGGGCAUUCAAACACUAAUUUAUGUUCCUUGGCUACUCUACAGACUCCUUACGAGCAUGUGCAACAUUUAGAUCUUCCAAUUGGUGAUGGGAUAUUGACAACGUUAAAUCUAAGCUAUAGUGAUUUUGAUACCCUGCCCUUUAACCUUUCUCAUCUUUCCAAGCUAGAAUAUCUUGUUUUGAACAACUGUCCGAACCUUUCGGUGAUUGAAGACGAUCUUCCACUUAGCCUAUAUCAUUUCUCAGUAGAGAAUUGUCCCUUGUUGAAAAGUAUACCAGAUCUAUCUGGGUUAUUAAGGCUAAGGGUUUUGAAUGUUGGUAAGUGCAGUAACUUGAUUGAGGUUGUAGGUGUUGAGAAUCUGGUUAAUUUAGAGAGAAUGGACAUAAGAGGGUGUAGCGCUCUGAGCAGUAAAUAUUGGUGUGACAACUUCUUCAAGGGACUUUUUAAAAGCCCAAACAUUGGAGGACACUUCUAUGGAUUUGUUAGAAUGGGUGUUUCAAAAGACAUGGUUCCACAAUACUUGUGGAGCAACCAAGGAGUUGGUUGUUCAUCUGCAAAUUACGCUGUGAGCAGUAACUCUUGGGGUGAGAAGUUGUACAAGCCACUUUUUAAAAGCCCAAACAUUGGAGGAGCAAUGAGGAGGAGCAACGAAGUUGGGGAAUGUUCAUCUGUAAAUUACACACUGCCAUUGUUUUUGAAGAAUAAACGAAUAUUUAUCAUUGUCAUGGUUUCAUGUUCGCUUCACCCUUGGUCGUUAUGGAUACCCCACUUUAAGCAAUUUAGUGUAACAGAGCAUUUGGAUGGUAAAAAGGAGUUGGAAUGCGUAGUAUAUGAGCAACCCAAUGAAGUGAAAGAAGUAGAGGUGCUUAUAGAGCUAUAUUCGGUUAAGUUAAAAGAAGUUGAAGAUAAAUUGAGUAUUGAGACUCGUGUAGUAUAUGAAGAUGAGGGUGAGUUAUGCUUCUUUCCUAUCAACCCAAAAAAGGUGUUUAAAUUUACCUCUUGGACUUGGAACUAUUUUGGGAAAAAAACUCGUGUUAAGGUUAUUGUAACUCGCGGACUAUCAUGGGUUUGCCAACAAAGUGAAAUAUAAUGUUUUUUAGUACUUUGUAAAGAUGAAGUAGGAGAGAAAAAUCUUGUUAAAAUCAUAUGCUUACCUUUAUAGCUAGUAACAAUAACAUUAUGUUUUGAUGGUAGAAUGUUGAAAUUAACACUCUAAAUCUCUAUUGUUAUAUUUUAACCAUUGUCACCUUUCCUAUUGUUAUUGUGUGUUAUAUUUGAUAUAAGACUCUCUUGUGUGCU